UUAAAGUUUGCGUUAAAUUAAAGUUUAUUGAGGCUGUUUUCGAAUUAUCUAUAUAGGCCUACUGUGCACAUGUUGAGGCAAAUGUCGGCUGCUAGCUCCGCAUUUGAAUUUGAAUGUCACUGUCCGUGGUGCUAAACGGAGGCUUCUGCAUGUCUUCGGCCUGAAAUCCCUAUGAUAUUUGUUCAGUAUAUUUGCAAGUGUAGGCAUGUCGAGAAUAGACUGUGAAAACAAAGAAUUAUAUGGUAGGAAAGACAUGGCUUUAUGUUAUUAACGUUCAACUGGAUCUUUGCUAUGGCUAUUUUCCUUUUACAUUGCAUUGUGCAGUAACAAUAAUGACAGACGAUGACUACUCACUCAGCAUGUGUAAAUGUUUGUCUGAAACUGAUUCCAUCUAUUAUAUAGUGACUUCUGCAAAUAAUUUAUAAUACCACAGAGAUUGGAAUCCAUUGCUUCCAUAUAUUCCAUAUAUAGCAUCAGGUUUUCUACUGCAAACUUGGAUAUUUCGGCUAAUAUGACGCAAGCUAUACCACAUACAGUCAGAUAAAAAAUAUGUUAUGUCCUAAAAGCAUAAAUUGAUCUUAGUUUGAAUUAAAGUGUAUUUCACUGUUAUCAGACGUGCAGCCCCAAUGCCGGCUUUGAGAUACAUUGGGUGGUUUUUAAUUAGUCAUGCAUGCAGAUCUUUGCAAUAACUCACAGAGCCAUUUGUGAUUAAGUUGUCCGCGUUUUUAUAUGAGGACGGGUGUUUUACUGAGUUGUGCAAUUACUUAAAUUCACCACGCAGUGACGCUAUAGACCGUAACACAUGAAUGUUCAGGCUCCUCCCUGAGUAAAAACAGAAUGACUGUGGUUUUCAUCACAAAGAGACACGGGAAGAGAAGGGAGGGCAUAAUGGAGUCUUCGUCAAUAAGAAUAAGGACAUCAAAAUAGUGUUGGCUGAAGUUUUAGCAAAUCUCACAAUUCCACGGUCGAAACGCAAUUGUGGAUGUAUGCUUUGUUCUUUCUCAGUGGAAUUAUGCAUUUACCGAGUAGCAGGAGGUCUAUUGUUACAUACAUUGUGCUCGUGCUGUUGGAUUGUUACUGGGAAGCGGCGUCCGGGCAGCUCUCCUACUCUGUCUCAGAGGAAGUAAACCCAGGAACUAAUGUUGGGAAUAUCGCCAAGGAUCUAAACCUCAAUGUGCAUGAUUUGGAGUCCCGUUUGUUUCAGGUUGUUACAGGAUCGAAGAGGAAAUACUUCGAGGUAAAUUUAAAGACCGGAUUUCUGUAUGUCAAUGAGAGAAUAGACCGAGAGGAGCUUUGUGCAGAGGAACCCAAAUGCACUGUUAGCGUAGAGGCUGUCAUAAACAAUCCAUUAAAGCUUUACCGCGUAGAGAUAGAAAUUAGAGAUGUGAAUGACCAUUCUCCGUCUUUUAGCACAAAAUCACAAAUACUGGACAUAGCAGAGAACACAUUGCCUGGGUUUAGAUUCGCGUUAUCGGAGGCAAGCGAUGCUGAUGUGGGUAAAAAUGGCGUUAGUGCGUAUAAGGUCAGUCCAAACGAAUAUUUCAGUCUUGCGACACACAAAAGAGGGGAGAGUUUAUCUCCAGAGUUAGUGCUGCAGAAAGCCCUAGACCGUGAGAAACAGCCACAUAUGCAGCUCAUGUUAACUGCGAUAGACGGGGGGACUCCACCAAAUUCAGGAACCUCAGAAAUUGAAAUAAAUGUACUAGAUAUUAAUGAUAACGCACCACUGUUCAGCAGCACUCUGUACAAAGUUCACAUUUUGGAAAAUACCCCGAUUGGUACGGCAGUAUUCACCUUAAAUGCGACCGAUGCUGAUGAAGGCACAAACAGUGAAAUAGUAUAUUCUCUUCGUAGUAAGGAUCAGGAUCAUAUUCUGGAUAUUUUCAAAAUUGAUUCAGACACUGGAAUCAUUUCAGUGAAAGGCAAAAUCGACUAUGAGGAAAGAAAAGCGUUUGAGAUUCGAGCAGAGGCCAGGGACAAAGCCCAGCCUCCUCUGUCUGCCCAUAGCAAAGUGCUGGUAGAAGUAAUUGAUGUAAACGACAACGCCCCUGAAAUCACUGUGACGUCACUGCUCAACACAGUGAAGGAGGACGCGGAUGUUGGUACUGCUAUUGCACUAGUAUCCGUUCUAGACAGAGACGGUGGUAAAAACGGUGAGGUGAAAUGUGAGAUCUUAAAUACGGUUCCGUUCAAAUUGGAGACAAAUUACAAAAACUAUUACUCUUUAGUGGUUGAUGGACAUCUAGACCGAGAGGUAACUCCUCAGUACAAUGUUACCAUUUCAUCUACCGAUGAUGGGAGUCCCGCUCUUUCAAACACCAGUGUUAUUACUGUUUACGUUUCUGAUGUUAAUGACAAUGCACCAUAUUUCCCAGAGCCGUUAAUAAACGUUUAUGUGAAAGAAAACAGCAAAGUAGGAACUGUUAUUAAAACAGUGACUGCAACUGACGCUGAUAUCAGCAACAACGGUCAGGUGAGAUACUCAUUUUUAAACAGUAACAAUAAAUCUCUGCCCCUACCUACAAUGGUGAAUAUCAACUCAGAGACUGGAGAUAUAGUCAGCCUGCAGUCUUUUAACUACGAGGAGUUAAAGACGUUCCAGUUUAAAGUUCAGGCCACAGACUCUGGUGUUCCUCCGCUCAGCAGCAACGUGACUGUGAACGUUUGUAUCCUGGAUGAGAAUGACAACAGUCCCGCGAUCCUCGCGCCUUAUUCUGAGCACGGCUCCGUUAACAGUGAGAGCAUCCCCUAUUCUGCUGAAGCGGGAUACUUUGUGGCAAAGAUCAGGGCUGUAGACGCAGACUCUGGAUACAACGCGCUGCUUUCUUAUCACCUGUCUGAGCCCAAAGGAAACAACCUCUUCCGGAUCGGAACCAGCACCGGGGAGAUCAGGACUAAGAGGAGAAUGAGUGACAAUGACCUGAAAACUCACCCCUUGGUGGUGCUGGUUUCUGAUAACGGAGAGCCCUCCCUGUCAGCUACUGUGUCUAUUGAUGUGGUGGUGGUUGAAAGCACAGCUGACAUCCAGACUCAGUUCAGACAUGUGCCCAUAAAGGAGGAGAGCUUCUCUGAUUUGAACCUGUAUCUGCUGAUCGCCAUUGUGUCGGUGUCAGUGAUCUUUCUGCUGAGCCUCAUCAGUUUAAUAGCUGUGAAAUGCCACAGGACAGACGGCAGUUUCAGCAGGUACAGCGCCCCAAUGAUCACCACCCACCCUGACGGGAGCUGGUCUUACUCUAAAGCUACUCAGCAGUAUGACGUGUGUUUCAGCUCCGACACAAUGAAGAGUGACGUAGUGGUUUUCCCCGCACCGUUUCCGCCUGUAGAUGCGGAGCUGAUCAGUAUAAACGGAGGAGACACUUUCACCAGAACUCAGACUUUACCUAACAAAGACAAGCUCCGACACACUGAAGAGUGACGUAGUGGUUUUCCCCGCACCGUUUCCGCCUGUAGAUGCGGAGCUGAUCAGUAUAAACGGAGGAGACACUUUCACCAGAACUCAGA